AAGCGGAUGAAUGCUGUGGAGAUUAUGGAUGAAUCUCCAGCUCCUUUGCUUGGUUCUACAAAGGAGUCAGAUAAUGGGAUUAAGAAACCAGAAUUAUCAAGAAAUCCUAGAUAUCAUGACAUUCGUAUGGAUGAAGUAUAUCCUGCAAAAAAAUGUAGGUCCAGAAUGCUAUUUGGAAAGGAAAAUAUCAAGGAAAGUACUUCAAUGGACCCACCUAUCAGCCUUAAGAAUCUCUCUGCGUGCACUAGUGUGGCUUCUAAGAGAAAACACCAACAAAUGGGGCCAGAGAUUGCGGCCGUUAACACAGAAAAAGGUGUAGCUAAAGCUGGUCAAGCAAAUGAAAAUAGUCAAAGUACUUUCAGUAGCGUUAAUGAGAUUUCAUCGGCUGGUGAUCGGUCAUCUGGCUUUGGAUCUGUUGAUGUGGGUAAAGCAAUGAAAGGAAUGGCUGCCCUUGAAUCCUCAAUCGCUACUGGUUUACCUGCUAAUUCUUCUGGGAGAUGUAGGGAUCCUUCAUCAACUGGUUUUGGCAGCUUUUGCUUGCCUGGUGUCAAGGUUCCUCUGGAUUUUACUUUGAAAACUAGUAUACGAGUGGUGUCCUCUUCCCCAGCUAGUCGGAUUCAUAAGUCAAUCACACGCAGUGCCUUCCCCAGUAUGCCUAACUCCACAUCUAGAUUUGAGAGUUUUGAUGAUCAAAUUAUGAGCCGUAGCUCAGGGCUCACAUCAACUUCUGAAGUCAGUUCCAAACUUUUACAUUCAUGGGUUUAUCCUCAAUCUACCCUGCCACAUUCUCUUAUACAAGUGUUGACUUCCUCAACAGCUGAGGGAGUUGAAAUGGAUUUUUUAACAAAACGACAUGUGGCAUGGGAGGACUCAUUUCAAAGUCUAUAUUACAUGCUUCGCAAUGGUGCCUGUAAUAUAUUUUAUGUGUGUACUCCAUAUUUUGUGGUAAUGUUUACUGGUCGUGAUGUUGCUGUGGGUACCAAACGCCUCACCAAUGCUUGUAUCUCCCAGUCAACAAGAGUCUUGCAAUCAUUGUUAAGAGAGAAUGAUGUUUCCUUCUCUAUGCCCCUUUGCCGUUCUAAAGUGGAGCAAGUCACUACAGAAGUCCUUGAUGAACUCUCAGAGAUGCAAGAAUUGGGCCAGACUCGACGCACAAGAUCACUGGUUGAUUUAGAUUACACCCCGGAAUCUUUGCUUGUCAUUAGUGGGAAUAAGAAUGUUCAUGGCCUGUUUGAUAUUUUAUUAAAUUAUAGAUCUUUCAUGACUACCUUGAUAGGAGUGGAUGUUCCUGCAUUAUAUUCACCUGUGCCAUUUCAGAAUGCUGCCAUCUGUUCUCCGCAGGUUAAAUGCAUGGAUCUGAAAAGAACAGAACAUGGUCUCUGCUCUAGUGUUGAAAUUAAGGAUGCAUUUAUUCCACCAUGGAUUAUAUCUAGUCUAUGUGCUGUAGUGGGAUCUGAAGGGGGAAGCUUUGAGGCGAGUUUUACAAGUGAUCCUACCUCAAUCGGAUUGAAUGUUACAAUAGAAGCAGCUCCUGAGAAAUCUAAUUCUCAAGAGGGGGCAGCUGAAGAUUUUCAAAGUAGCAGUUCUGCUUUUGGUAUUCCGGAAUCCAUUGUAACUCCAAACCUGCGCUUGGGUUUACUAAAGAGCUUGAAAUUUUCAAAUGGGUCUUAUACAGCUUCUGUUUCUCCCACCUUGGAUUCCAAAUAGAAAAACUAUAGUUUGGUUUCACAAUGUUGGUUGGUACCAUUCUUCAUCCCUAACAAUGUACUUUG